CUGGUUGUCUCCCUUUAGUUACCCGGAUAAAGAUUGGCUUUAUAUAAGGUACUAUCGGAGGCGGGGGGUUGUAGUUCAAACCAACAAUCGGUUGUCGAUAAGAAAAACCUAGAUAUUGUGCCACAGCGGCAGAAAUUAUUUGUACAUUUUAAAUAUGGCUGGUGGUAAGGCAGGUAAAGACUCCGGGAAGACCAAGACGAAAGCUAUUUCGCGCUCGCAGAGAGCCGGACUGCAGUUCCCAGUGGGUCGUAUUCACAGACACCUUAAGUCCAGAACCACCAGCCACGGCAGAGUGGGAGCCACUGCAGCGGUGUACAGCGCGGCUAUUCUUGAAUACCUCACGGCCGAGGUUCUGGAGCUGGCAGGAAACGCAUCAAAGGAUCUUAAAGUGAAACGUAUUACUCCACGCCACUUGCAGCUGGCCAUUAGAGGAGAUGAAGAGCUGGAUUCACUUAUCAAAGCCACUAUUGCUGGAGGAGGUGUGAUCCCGCACAUCCACAAGUCUCUGAUUGGAAAGAAGGGCCAGCAGAAGACUGUAUAACCUGAAGUGCUCUGGAAGUCUGCAUCAUGUGGUUAAAUGUCUUAGAUUAGAACACCUUUGUAUUGAGCUUGCAGUUACUCACCUGGGGUAUUUUUUAAAAGUGGCUUCAGAGAAGCUCAUUUCUUGUGUUUUUCCUUAUUUUUCUGGUGCUGCGGUUUUUGUGUUGAAACUUGCUUUUGUGGCGUUCCCAUGUUCAAAGUGGUGUUUUAAUAAAGCUCUCAAUGGGCAUUUGCAGUUUCUUCUUUCA